GGUUUUGUUGUUGUGCUGUACAGAUUUGGUAACGGAUUUCGCUUGUAGAUUCGAGUCUCGGUCGCUCAUCUAAUGACCAAUUCAUUAACCAAACACAUAUUUUGGCAUUUCAAAUGAGAAAGCAAGAUAUUUGUGUUGCACGCAAACACCACUUUGUCCGCAUGGUUUGUGGUUGGAUCGUCGUGUUGUUUCCAACGGUUGGGUGCGAAAUUGAAUUGUUCAAAGUGUCGAUGUGCAAAACGAUGUGAAAUUGCCAAUCGAAAAUUCACAUCUAGAAUGUUUCGAGCUCAUGUUUAAUUUAUAAAGGUAUAGAUUACAAAGAGAGCCGUCGCACGAUAGCCGUCGUUGUUGGAAGGAAUUUCCAAAAUGUUCUGAAUGUGUUACUAUCGCAUUUACAACGGAGCUCAAGGUCAAACAGACAAACAAACAAAAAGUGCUUUCAUAUGGGAAUAAUUACGGUGACUUUCGAAAUAAUGUGCCAUUUGUGUUGACAGUGGUUGGACCGCGACAUGAAUCGACAUACAUAAAUCUGAAUCCAUACUACGUUGUGACUGAAAUUUGAGUUAUGACUUCCUAAUUUCUUGUGUUAUUUAAAUUCCGAUCGUCGAUCUGUUUCCGUAGUCUAACUGAAUAAAAUUUUCUCGAUACGACCGAAAUGUACAGGCGACUUAAUAAAAUUAAACGCUUGGAUGCUGAAGACGGCAACAAAAACGUCGACGACGACGACGACAACGACAACGACGACAACGACGACGACGAGCGGGAACGAUGCGAAAGUAGGCACGUAAAUAAUUUCUGCCAACAACGGAUUGUUUUGUCAAUUUAUUAUGGCAGAGCGAGCACGUUGUGUGUAUCGGCUGCUACACACAAAAUGUAGAUGCUUCAUUGUAAUAAAUGUUGCGCUAGCCCACUAUGUACACCACAUGAAUCAAGCGCCGAGAUAUGCCCUUCGUUGUUCGGUGUUUUGCGCUUUCAACGGUGCUAUUGCUAUACAUAAUGUAACAAUAUGCUAGGCAUCUAUGUCGUUUGUUCCACCGCUAUAUUUUAUAUAGUAAAUAAACACAGAAAAUGUCUGUUUAUAGGCAGUGCGCGUCGCUGAAUCAAUUGCGAUGUAAUGUGUGCGAUGCGAAGCUAAACGCAAGCUAUUCGCUCUUUAUUGCGUAUCCAUUGCCGUAUUGUUUGCUACUUGUAUGCUCACGAAGAGAAUGGUGCGCGGUGCCGACGUGGAAACCGAAACAAAACUGCCAUCGCUUCGUCACUGAACAGCAAUCGCUAGUGAGUCUUGUCAGAGAUAACUUCGUAACGCUACGAUUUUUGAAAUACACAAUUGUGUAUUACACAAAAUUAAUUUUUUUCCAAUAACAAAAAGAAAUAUCUCAGAAAAUACCAAACGAAAGUUUUUAAUUCGAUCAACAAUUUUUAAAUCAUCAACGUAAACGAAAUUGCAUCAUCGUUUGGAAUCCCAACAGAAAUAAUAUUCCGAACAAAGUCACGAAUUUUUCUUCUUUAAAUAAAAGACAUUUACGAAACAUUUUAUAGCUCGUAACCUGUUUCGUUCGGGUAAACAUUUGUCUGCCACCUGGAGACCUUAUGCACAUUUUCCUACAGAAUUUUGCCAUUUUUAUCCAAUCAACUCAGACAACAUCACGGAAAUCAUCCAAUUGUUCGUUAUUCUCAUUAAGAGUUUAAAAAAAAGACGAAUUAUAUCUGGAUUUUGACAUCUGCACAAACGAAAACUGACCAACACACUCUUCUCGAAAGUUCUAAAUGUUAAGAGCCACGACGUGCAUGAAACAGCUUGAACAGAGAGAAAACCAACGAGUUGAGCACAGAGGCAUUCACGACUAAAAAACCGUCGAAUAUAUAUAUAUAUGUGUAUUUCACAAUAUAUUUAUAUAUGCGUUGAAGAAAGAAGCGAGUGAAGCGUGCAAACAAAGCCACACAAUUCUCUUGUGCACACAAACCACCACCAACUGCCGAAUUCGUCGUCAAUUUUGAAUUAAAUUAAAAUCGUGUGUGAAUAUAUUCUAGUGUUUUGAUUCGCGAAUCAUUUUUUUUUCUGUCUGUCAAACGCAAGCCAACUGCACCGCAUCAAAAGUGUUUGUAACAUUUCGUUUUGUAUUUAAACAGAAACAAAAAAAAACCAUCUGAAUUUAUGCAAAUUAAUUUUACGAACGACAAAAUAAGCACAACGAAAGCGUGAAACCAAAUAAAAGAGACAAUAUUUUUGUUCAAUUUAAAAAUAGUAUCGACAUCGCCGAAUUGAAACGCAUUCGUGACGAUCGCUUGACUUUUUUUCUUUCCUAAAGCAAACCGAAAGAAAAAAAAAUCGACUGGAAUUACAUAGAAUAAAACGCGCGCGAGCGAGAGCCAAAGACAGUGCGAGUGUAUUUUUGUGAAUCGCAUAAAAACUUUUCAAUGUACGUGCAAUAGUUGAAGGCAAACUGAAGUGAACUGAAUUGAACUGAGCGUAACCAGAGAGCGCAGUGAAUUGUUCUGUAUUUUUGUUGUUUUUAUUUUUAAAUUGCAUUCCGAGAUUGAAACAUUUGUUUUCUUUUUUGUUCGUUGGCCGCUGCUAUUUUGGUGAUGUGCUAGAGAUUAAAUCGUAUCAUUAAAAAGCCUGGGAAAUUCAAAAGACUCCAAUGAAAUUUAUGUAUUGAAGCGCCAUCGAUUACGAUUACGAGGAACUUGAUUCAAUCUUAAAUUAAACGAUUCGUAUCAAUUCAAUUAAAUCCAAUCAAAACCAUUUUAAAAUAGAGCAAAGUGACUGAAAAUCAACCGGAGAGACCUCAAAGACCAUAAAAAAAAUUCGCUUAAAUUGACAAAUAAAAAUUAGACACUCAUCAACGGAACGAGAGCGAGAAGAAAAAAAAAACAGUUCAUCAUCAAUUAUAUAAAUAUAAAGGAAACUAUGUAGAGCGAUUGGCUCUUUGUUAUGGUUAUGUGUCGGUUUUGAAACGUUAAAAAAAAGUUUUUAUAUUUAGCUUGAGCGCCGAAACAAAUAUCUUGCCGUUGCACUCAAUUCAUAGAAAUCGGUGUACGACAGAAGACAAAAAAAACUGGGUUAAUAAAAUAAACUACACUUUGGUGGUGUGAACAAGACAACAACUGUUGUUGAUUGUUGAUUCAAUUUUUAAUUCAACAACGUCAUCGGUAUUGUUGUUGGGCACGAAAAAAAGACACUUUUUUUUCGAUUGUUCGAUCAAUUAACGUAAUCAAACUUAAUAAAUAAAACAAACACUAGACGUGACAAAUGGAUCAGAAGCCACGUUCCCGUGCCAACACUGUCAUUGGUCAAAUCAAAUGGUGGACAUCGAAUCAUCAUCUCACAAAUAACAACAACAAUAAUUGCAAAUCGUUUGGCAGUUCGGUUGCUGUGCAAAAAUUACGCGAAUCCAAAUGGUUUGGACCGGAUGAAUCGCGUAUAUUCUGUGCAGUCAUCGAAUGCGGUUUUAUCGUUGAGACGCGUGAGGGCAAAGAAAACGGCGGAUGGUUUGGCGUUGUUAAUUGCAAGACAUCCAAAGACAAAAAGCCGAAGCCAGAGAAUAUCGAUAUUUAUACAUUGAAGACGACAUCAGAUCGGCGAAUCAAGGUGACAAAAUUGACAUUGGCCGAUGUUUGGAAGCAAGGCUGUAUCAUACGUAUCAACAAUUUUGGCGAUAAAGAAAAAACACCACAUUCAGAGAAAGACAUAAAAAAUCAGCUAUCAUUCGGCAUGAAAUCCAAGCAACCGUUGUGGCAUAAUUCACAGCAUUUCGCGACAUGGUGUCGGUAUGGUGAUCGACAACAGGACAUUCGACGACGGCAGAUAUCAGACUGUGUGAAAUGGGGAAGUGUUGGAAUGAAUGCCGGACUUAUAAUGAUGAUGAAUCGCCGCCAACCCCAUUCGGCUUCAGCUAUGCAUUGAAGGGACAACAGAAAAACAUAAAUAGGAUCCUGCGACGAGAAAUUACAAUUCGUGAAUAUUUUGUGUGCAAAUCAACGAAGUGUUAUUUGAGAUGUGUGAGUGUGUGAAUUUGUGACGUGUGACAAAUCAAACAUACUUGUUUCAAACACAGCAUUUUUUUUAAGGGUGACACACAAAAACACUCACACAUAAACCUUAUCAUUUCCGGAAUCAACUGAAACUUUCUACUACACUGAAAAAAAAGAGAGCAUAGAAUUUGUGAUACAGAAUUUGAAUUUUCUGAUAUUUUUCUUUUUUGUACAAAAAACCCAUUUUGUUACCACAUUUUUUUACUAGUUAAGUUUGUAAUGAAAAUGAACUGCUAAAUUUUCACCUUUCGAAGAAAAAAGGCAGAAAAAAGAGAGAGAGAUUCAGUGAAAAACUUGCAUUUUCGUGAAACACUUGUUUGCGCGUAUAAAAAUGGGCGCGCGAAUUGAUAAUUUUGUUAGCAUUUGAAUGAAAUGUCUAGAAACAUUUCUACAUUGGCACAAAAAUAGAGAGGCAGAGAGAAAAAAAGGAAUAGAAAAGUAAAUUCAACAUUGCGCAAAACGAACAAAGAUUUAUCGGAUAAGUAGAUGAACGUCACUUUUGGGCGUGGGAAAAUGUAUCCGAAUUUAUUGACAUUUUGUACGAAAGUUCGGAAGUGCACAAUUGCGGGGGAGAAAACUUUGGAACAUUCAACAAUAGGUGCCAAAAUCCAUAGAAAAUCAAGAAUUUCCUUUUAAUCACAAAAAAGAAUCAAGUAUUUCCUAUAAAUUACUCACACAAAUUUACAGCUCAUAUUUGUUUUCUAGCCCCCCAUAAAAUUUUCUCACAUAAAAAUAAAACAGAUUGUGAAAGAGAAAGGAAAAAAAAUACAUUUUUGUCUAUGUAUAGACAUUAAGUUGUUGUGAUUCGUGCCAGACAUUAAUGGUGAUUGGCAAUCGAAGGAAGUAAGGCUGAGAAAUAUUACGAAGGUGCAACAUUAUUUUUCAUUUCUAAUUGGAUUGUACUUAAGACAUAUGCAGUAAAAAUAAAACACCGUGUAGAGACUUGUUGCUUUUUCUCACAGCACACAAAUUACUGCAGACAUUAAACAUACACAAAAGAAACUGGAAAAAAACAAGAACAAGAGGUAUAUUUAUAAAUCGUUUAUAGCAACACAAUUCUUGCAAAGGGAAGAGGUAAUUUUCACAAUGCAUUUGGAAGCAGUCGAUGAAAAAGAAAAGAGGAUCUGCAUAGAAGUGUUAGCACACAUAAACACCAUAUUCAAUAUAUUUGUGAAAGCGCUUUUUUGCCAACGGCUAUUUAUGUACAAAAUCGAGACAUACGAAAGAAAACGCAUAUGUAAGACGUACAUACGUAAGAAGAAAAAUGCUUGAGAUAAUUGUUACUGAAGACAGUUGUUUGUAAACGUUCUAAAAUUAUAAAUGACAUUUUGAAUAAAUAAAGCAUAUUGAUAUUAUUAGAAAACGCAAA